GACAAGAAGGGGCUGGCGGGAAAGCAGGCGAGCCUGGAGCGCAAAGCCGUCUACCAAAGGCACGUCCGGACGCCCAGCCUCCUGGCUAAGAGCAUCCUGGAAGGUUACCGUCCUAUUCCAACAGACCCUUACGUGGGAGGGAGUUCACCCUUGCCACCCCCUGUAAGUGACAGGAUGAGAAAGAGACGGGCUUUUGCUGAUAAAGAGCUGGAGAACAUUAUGCUAGAGAGAGAGUAUAAAGAGAGAGAGAGGAUGGAAGCUACUCAAGCAGCUGCCCUUUUUCUCCCUAACCGCAUGGUGCAUGGAGCUGAAUACAACUCGUACAAAACAGCUUUCAACACUGCUCAAGCUGAGACUCCAAACAAGGAGUUUUGCAAUUUUUUACCUACCUGCCUUGAUCUAACUAUGCAAUAUUCAGGACCCAGCAACAUGGAACUAAUUUCUUCAAAUGUCAGUGUAGCUACUACCUACAGGCAGUAUCCCCUGCCUUCUAGGUUCUUAGUGUGGCCAAAAUGUGGUCCCAUUAGCGAUGCUCUCCUCUACCAGCAGUGCCUGUUAAAUGCUACUACUGUCCAAACUCUCAAACCAGGGGUGGUGUGGGAUGCCAAGGUCUCACAAAGUCAGGAUUGUCCAAACACCGAGCACAACGUCAUGUCUCCAAAACUGGAAAACUCACUCAUUCUGACACACACGCAAGAUAUUCAGCAGUCAUGUAAUGAAAUGCUGUGCCUUUCUCAGGAAGCUCGUGAGAGGUCAGCUUUUUCUCCUCCAAAAAGAGCUUUCCUUCAGAUUUCUGAUAAGGAUUCUCUGGCUCCUCAGGAACAAGUAUUAAGCAAGAUCAGCAAAGACAGUACCAAGCCCCCUCCACCACUCAAAUAUAGUAAGUUUCAGUCGCUUUUUCAGCAAACAUUUCCUGAUAGAUCAGGAGCAGAGGUGAGACCUUCCUUUGUGAAAGAGACUUUUGAAGAUGCUUCUAAGAAAUACAGAGAGUGUGCCAUUAAAGAGAACCAAAAAUACAAGAUUACAGUAGACAAAUGUGCAAAAAACUUAUUUGGGGCCAACCAGGCCACAACAAAAUAUUCAACAACUGAGCCACUGUUGUUUUCAGUUGAAUCCAUCCUUAAAUAA